AUGAAAGUGAAAGAGGAAAGACAAGAUCUGAAUGAAGUGGAGGAGAAGCAUCAGGAUCAGAAAGAUCAUGAUUUCAACAAAAAUCAGUGAGUUUCUCUAAAACUGAAAAUGGCAACAUUCAGAUAACUGAGGUCAAAAAGCCUUUCAGCUGCUCUCAGUGUGGAAAGACGUUCAAACUGAAAAGUAGUCUUAUUUACCACAUGUUAGUUCAUGCUGGAAUAAAACCUUUCACCUGUUCUGAGUGUGGAAAAAGUUUCACGCAGAGAAAACGACUCACUGUGCAUGUGCGUAUUCACUCUUCUGAAAAACCUUUCAGCUGCUCUCAGUGUGGAAACACUUUCAAACUGAAAAGUAGUCUUAUUUACCACAUGUUAGUUCAUGCUGGAAUAAAACCAUUCACCUGCUCUGAGUGUGGAAGGAGUUUCACUCAGAAAAAACGACUCGAUGAGCAUGUGCGUAUUCACUCUUCUGAAAAACCUUUCACCUGUUCUGAGUGUGGAAGGAGUUUCACUCAGAAAAAACAACUCAAUGUGCAUGUGCGUAUUCACUCUUCUGAAAAGCCUUUCAGCUGCUCUCAGUGUGGAAACACUUUCAAACUGAAGAGAAGCCUUAAGUACCACAUGUUAGUUCAUGCUGGAAUAAAACCAUUCACCUGCUCUGAGUGUGGAAGGAGUUUCACACAGAAAAAACGACUCACUGUGCAUGUGCGUAUUCACUCUUCUGAAAAGCCUUUCAACUGUUCUCAGUGUGGAAAGAGUUUCAAACUGAAAAGUAGUCUUAUUUACCACAUGUUAGUUCAUGCUGGAAUAAAACCAUUCACCUGCUCUGAGUGUGGAAGGAGUUUCACGCAGAGAAAACGACUCACUGUGCAUGUGCGUAUUCACUCUUCUGAAAAGCCUUUCAGCUGCUCUCAGUGUGGAAACACUUUCAAACUGAAGAGAAGCCUUAAGUACCACAUGUUAGUUCAUGCUGGAAUAAAACCAUUCACCUGCUCUGAGUGUGGAAGGAGUUUCACACAGAAAAAACGACUCACUGUGCAUGUGCGUAUUCACUCUUCUGAAAAGCCUUUCAACUGUUCUCAGUGUGGAAAGAGUUUCAAACUGAAAAGUAGUCUUAUUUACCACAUGUUAGUUCAUGCUGGAAUAAAACCAUUCACCUGCUCUGAGUGUGGAAGGAGUUUCACGCAGAGAAAACGACUCACUGUGCAUGUGCGUAUUCACUCUUCUGAAAAACCUUUCAGCUGCUCUCAGUGUGGAAACACUUUCAAACUGAAAAGUAGUCUUAUUUACCACAUGUUAGUUCAUGCUGGAAUAAAACCAUUCACCUGCUCUGAGUGUGGAAGGAGUUUCACACAGAAAAAACGACUCACUGUGCAUGUGCGUAUUCACUCUUCUGAAAAGCCUUUCAACUGUUCUCAGUGUGGAAAGAGUUUCACACGUAAAGCAAGCCUUAAUGAUCACAUGAUAAUGCAUACUGAGAAAAAUCCUUUCAACUUCUCUCAGUGUGGAAAGACUUUCAAACAGAAGAGAAACCUUAUGCACCACAUGAUAAUUCAUGCUGGAAAAAAGCCUUUCUGCUGCUCUCAGUGUGGAAAGAGUUUUAAACACAAAAAACAUCUCAAUGAGCAUGUGCGUAUUCACUCUUCAGAAAAGCCUUUCACCUGCUCUCAGUGUGAAAAGAGUUUCACACGUAAAGCAAGCCUUAAGAAUCACAUGAUAAUUCAUGCUGGAAUAAAGUCUUUCAGCUGCUCUCAGUGCGGAAAGAGUUUUACACAGAAAGGUAGCCUGAAGAAUCACAUGUUCAUUCACAGUGGAAUAAAGCCUUUUGUCUGCUCACAGUGUGGAAAGAGUUUCAUUCAGAAAUUUCAACUCAAGAUUCAUUUGCUAACUCACUCUUCGGAAAAGUCUUUCACCUGAUCUCAGAGUGGAAACCAUUUCAGUCGUAAAGAAUGUCUUAAGAUUCACAUUAAUCCAUAAUGGGGAAAAGCCUUUUACUUGCU